GGGGAAAGAAGGGAGAGAGAGAGAAAGAGAGAGAGAGAGAGAAGAGCGCGUUUGAGUCAAGAAGCUUCCAGUGAGCAGGAGGACGCGGCAGAACAGAAACUCUCUCUUAUUCUUUUCUCCGGAGAGUUUUUUUGUUUGUUUUUGGGUCCGACAAUAAAUUACGCUUUUUUUUUUUUUUUUUUUUAAUCCGGAAUUUAAACGCACAUAAUGUUGUAAGCACGCGUGUGUGCUUUUAUUUCUUUAUUUAUUUUUAUUUUUUAUUUUUUUUUACAUAAGCGGACUUUUUUCGUUCCGUUCCUCACGUCUCGACCAACUUCCAUCGGACUACUUUCUAAUAAUGAGGCGCCGACAUGGAUUUUGGAACAUUUUAAAAAAAGCCCAAACGGAAGACGCAGUGAACUAUUUAUUAUUCGUUUCCCUCCUGCGGAAAUAAGGAAGGACCUUCGUACUUUUUGUUUCUAAAAAAAAAAAAAAAAAAAAUAAUUCAGAAAACAUUUUUUUUUUUUGGUACUUUUAUUUUGAAAAGAUGGAUUUAUCAACAUGGUUCGGCGCGUGUUUGCUGACACUUCUGGCGAGCGUGGAAGUCCCGGCGGAGGAAGCAGGGUCCGAGCCGUGCGGUGGCUAUCUGGACGCCACCAAUGCAGGCUACAUCACCACCCCCGGAUACCCAUUGGAGUAUCCGCCCCAUCAGAACUGUCGCUGGAUAAUCACAGCGCCGGAACAGUCUCAACGCAUCGUGCUCAACUUCAACCCACACUUUGAGAUUGAGAAACUAGACUGCCGGUAUGACUAUGUAGAGAUCCACGAUGGCAACUCGGAGUCUGCCGACUUAAUGGGAAGGCACUGCAGUAACAUCGCCCCGGCACCCAUCAUAUCAUCGGGGCCCUCCCUGCACAUCAAGUUUGUCUCCGACUACGCCCACCAAGGAGCGGGUUUCUCGCUGCGCUAUGAAAUCUACAAAACUGGUUCAGACUGCUCGAGAAACUUCACCAGUCCCUCGGGUCUCAUCGAGUCUCCGGGCUUCCCUGACAAAUACCCCCACAACCUGGAGUGCUCCUUCAUCAUCAUCGUGCCCCCCAGCAUGGAUGUGACCCUCACUUUCCUCACCUUUGACCUGGAGAAUGACCCCUUGCCGGGCGCAGAGGGGGACUGCAAGUACGACUGGCUGGAAGUUUGGGAUGGACUUCCCGGAGUGGGCCCACUGAUUGGUCGCUACUGUGGGACUAUGGUGCCUCCCGAGAUCCAGUCGUCCACCGGCAUUCUCUCCCUGUCCUUCCACACGGACAUGGCCGUGGCAAAAGACGGCUUCUCGGCCCGAUACAACAUGACGCACAAGGAAGUCAGCGAGACGUUUCAUUGCAGCAACGCUUUUGGCCUGGAGUCCGGAAAGAUCACCGAUGAGCAGAUCACGGCUUCGUCGAGUUUCUAUGAUGAAAAUUGGCUGCCGCACCAGGCCAGACUCAACUACAACAACAAUGGAUGGACGCCCUAUGAGGACAGCAACAGAGAAUACAUCCAGGUGGACCUGUACACGCUGAAGGUGAUCACAGGCAUCGCCAUGCAGGGCGCCGUUUCCAAGGAUACGCAGAAGUCGUACUACGUGACCACCUUCAAGCUGGAGGUCAGCACCAACGGAGAGGACUGGAUGGUCUACAGACAUGGCAAGAACCACAAGGUCUUCCAUGCAAACACCGAUGCCACAGAGGUCGUUCUCAAUCGGAUCCCGCAGCCGGUCCUGGCCCGCUUCGUGAGAAUCCGACCUCAGACGUGGAAGAACGGCAUCGCGCUGCGCUUCGAGCUUUACGGCUGCCAGAUAACCGAUGCUCCCUGCUCAGAGUUGCAAGGCAUGCUGUCUGGACUUCUGCCUGACUCGCAGAUCUCAGCAUCAUCCAUGAGGGACAUCCACGGCUCCAUGGGCGCAGCCAGGCUGGUGGCCAGUCGCUCAGGCUGGUUUCCCAACCCGACACAGCCCAUAGCUGGGGAGGAAUGGCUGCAGGUGGACCUCGGUGUGCCCAAAAUGGUGCGUGGACUCAUCACCCAAGGUGCGAGAGGGCUGGAGGGCAGCACCAGUGCGGAGAACAGAGCAUUUGUCAGGAAGUAUAAACUGGCUCACAGUUUGACCGGGAAGGACUGGACGUACAUGACGGACAGCAAGACGGGGUUUGCAAAGGUUUUCGAAGGCAACAGCCACUACGACACGCCGGAGGUGCGGCGCUUUGACGAGCUGAUCGCUCAGUACGUCCGAGUUUUUCCUGAGAGGUGGUCCCCUGCUGGGAUCGGCAUGAGGAUGGAGGUGCUGGGUUGUGACCUGCCAGAAAUGACCACGGUACCUGACACGGCCACUCCCACUCUGCCCAGGGUGGAGCAUUCCACUGCAGCAAUGAGACCUGCCACCACGCCGUCGCUGUGGGCCGUGUGUGACUUUGAGCAGAGCCUGUGCGGCUGGUCUGCUGAUCCCCAGUCAGGUGUCAGCUGGUCCCUGCACACGGCCGGGAGCGCUUCUGCCGGUCACAGCCCACAUGAAACCAGACUGGACCUGACGCUGGGCUCCGACAAUUUCUCAGGGAACUACCUGCAUUUGGACGCGGGGUCUCACACCCUGCGCAAGCGCGCCAGGCUCCUGAGCCCCGAAGUGGCCCCUGAGCAAGGGCCGCUGUGCUUGGUCUUCUACUACCAGCUGCAAGGAGAAGCGCUGGGCAGCCUGAGGGUCCUGCUGAGGGACAGCGACCUGGAAGAGACCUUGCUGUGGACCUUGAAGGGAGACCAGGGCUCUCACUGGCGGGAGGGUCGCACCAUUCUGCCCCAAAGCCCCAAGGAAUAUCAAGUGGUGUUCGAAGGGUUCUUCGACCACCCGACCAGGGGCCACAUCCGAAUAGACAACAUUCACAUGAGCAACAGCAUCAGUCUGGAGCAGUGCACACAGCCUUUUCCUCCAUUGACUCCCGGCAUAACAAGGGGUGCCAUGUCUGGGAUGGAACCUACUGUAGACACAGUGGAAGUGCAGACCGUUGCUGCCCACUGGUACUACUUGUUAGCGGGAGGAGGCGCCCUCUUUCUUCUGGUGUCUGUAAUUGUGGCGGCGGUAUUGGGCUGCUCUCGGUACCAUCGGGGGUCCAAGAAGAGCGGCAGUAGCCACCAUCAUUCAGUGACGUACCAUAACAGCCAACAUCUCAGUCACCCAAACUGCUUCUACAACCACAACUCCAGCUGUAACCUGACCCACAACCAAAACCUGCCUCAGCCCGAUAGCGGGCCAAGCCUUGAGCCCAUGCUGGUGGUCAAACCGGAGAAAGAAGACGACGGCAGGGAUUCGCGGUGUUGAAACCUGGACUGUGUGGGACUCAAACCCUAUUUGAACUUCCUGGAAGUCUCUAUUCAGUGGGGUCUGCACUUUGGAUACAUGACGACACCUUCCUGUUGCCAAUGAUUGACGCAAUGGACUGAUCAGGAUGCACCUUCUCUUCCACUUCCUGCUCGGCUUGGUGACGUUACGCCGACGAGAGAAGAACAAUUCCUGACUUGACUUUUACUGACCAGUUCUGUCGUCCAGUGAGACCGAAUAACAUUCACCUGAAACGGAGCACACCGUGGAACCCGUUUCUUCUUCUUCUUGGGUGGAAUUCAGAGCAGGAUGCAUCUGUGGGGUCCACUCUGAUCCAUGUUGUGGACUUGAUAACCUGUCCUGGGGGUCAUGUAGGACAUGAAAACAGUUUUUUGUGGUUGAGAGACGGAAAGAUUCAGUGAUUGACAAGUUUACCUUCAAUGUCAGGUGUGAUGUUCCUUUGGUCAGUCGCUGAAGACCCUCGUCUUGGUGUCCACACACAAAACCUAUCUGCACCUUGGGCUAUGUCCACACAAACACUGCUCUUUUUUCGUUUUUUGUUUUUUUUUAUUUACAAUUAAGCUCAUUUUCUUUGUCUUUGCUGAACCGCAUUUUAUAUCACUAAAAGUAUGGCUCAAGAAAAGCUCAGUUUUUGAUCGUGCAAUCAGGGGUGUCAAACUUAUUUUCGCCGCACUUAUGGAUGUCCCCAGAGGGCCGCUUGUAAAAGUGAGUAAUAAAUUAAUAUCAAUUAGGGUUGCCAUAACUGAUUAAUUAAAAAAAAGCUAAAUUAAUCACACUAUUUGCAAUGACCACACGUGAACCCGGAACUCUACUAUAUAAUACUUGCAAAUGAUACUCAAAAGUGUCGGGAAAAACAAGAUCUGGACCGCGCCGGUAUCAUAAUCAGCUAAUUUUGUAAAGGCUUAAUUAGGCUUUUUACUUUAUUUUUAAGUUAUCAUUUGGUAUAGAUUUUUCUCCAUGUGGCCCCUGAGCAAAAAUUAGUUUGACGCCCCUUAUUUAGAGGCUACAAUAUGUAAAUGAGUUGCCUUAUUGCUCGUCGACCAACAUGGCUAACAUGCAUUUUGAGAGAAGAAGAAGUGUGGUCAAUUGUAGUGGAAUCAGUUCGGAGAACGAAGCAGACAUUUUACGGAAAAAACAAUCUGAAGUUGUCUUUAUUUUUAAGUUAUCAUGCCAUGAUUCUACCAGUGCAGCUCACUUGGGUAUAUAUUUUUCUCCAUUAGGCCCCUGAACUAAAAUGAGUUUGACGACCCUGAUUUAGAGGGUACAAUAUGCAAACGAGUUGCCUUAUUGGUCGUCGACCAACAUGGCUAACGUACUUUUUGAAAGAAGAUUAAAUAUGGUCAAUUGUAGCGAAGUACGUUCGGAGAACGAAGCAUGCAUUUUACGGAAAAAACAAUCUAAAGUUGUCUUUAUUUUUAGGUUAUCAUGCCAUGAUUUUACCAGUGCAGCCCACUUAUGUAGAGAUUUUUCUCUAUGAGGCCCCUGAACUAAAAUGAGUUUGAUUUCGAGGCUACAAUAUGCAAACGAGUUGCCUUAUUGUUCGCCGACCAACAUGGCUAACGUACAUUUUGAAAGAAGGUGAAAUGUGGUCAAUUGUAGUGAAGUCCGUUCGGAGAACGAAGCAGACAUUUAUCAGAAAAAACUAUCUAAAGUUGCCUUUAUUAUUAAGUUAUCAUGCCAUGAUUUUUCUAGUCCGGCCCACUUGGAUAUAGAUUUAUCUCCAUGUGGCCCCUGAACUAAAAUGACUUUGACGUCCCUGAUUUGGAGGCUAAAAUAUGUAAAUGAGUUGCCUUAUUGGUCGUCGACCAACAUGGCUAACGUACAUUUUGAAAGACGAUGAAGUGUGGUCAAUUGUAGUGAAAUCCGUUCGGGAAAUGAAGCAGGCAUUUAACGGAAAAAACAAUCCAAAGUUGUCUUUAUUUUUAAGUUAUCAUGCCAUGAUUUUACCAGUGCAGCCCACUUGGGUAUAGAUUUUUCUCCAUGGUGGCUCCUGAGCUAAAAUGAGUUUGACGCGCCGGAUUUAGAGGCUACAAUAUGUAAAUGAGUUGCCUUAUUCGUCGUCGACCAACAUGGCUAACGUACAUUUUGAAAGAAGAUUAAAGGGGUCAAUGGUAGCGAAGUCCGUUCGGAGAACGUAGCAGGCAUUUAUCGGAAAAAAACAUCUAAAGUUGCCUUUAUUUUUAAGUUAUCAUGCCAUGAUUUUACCAGUCCGGCCCACUUGGGAGUAAAUUUUGCAAGGAGUGGCUAACGUACAUUUUAAAACAAAAUGAACUGUCAAAGAUGUGUCCGUUUGGAGAGGGAAGUCGGCAUUUUACGACGUGUAACUUCGCUUCCGCACUUUCUUUUCCUUUGGCGCACUGCCAUCAGAAGAGUCUGCCUCCUGCAAAUUUUUUUAGUAUAAUAUCGCUCUUUUUACAAAAGUGCCUCGUAGCAAUGAAGCAUAAACGUCAUAAUAUUAUUUAUUUCAUAUUUAGGCGGAUUAUUUAUACUUUUCUAAGUUUCCCUUUUUGCAAUUUAUUGUGCCUUUUGCUUUUGACCCAAACGUCAUCAAUGGUUUUUGGCACCACUUGUGGCAUGCAUUUGAAACGUUUUUUGUUUUUCUUUGAUACAUCGCAAUGUAAUACAGUUUAUUUUUUGAGCAAAAGUGUGGACAUAGCCCAACAGAGACCCACUCUUACAAACAAAAAGUAUAUGCACGAAGUGGUUACAGCACAUGAAAAAAGAGCUUUUUUUUUUACUAUGCGAGAAAUGACUACAACAUUGUGCCUGGAUCCUAUGGAUACGUGAAGCCUGUGUCUGCAUCUUUGUAUGUUCCUCACGUGUUCCACACACACCUGGAAUGAAGUAUUUAGCGCCCAAUAACUGAGGCUGCAGGUGUCUUUCUUGUUAGUCAUGCAUUGGUUGAUUUAUUGAUUGAUUGGAAAAUGUGCUGCAAUUAGCUUUUUUUUCUUUCCAUCGUGUAAGACCAAGCAAAUACGCAGUAACGUCUGACCUCAUGCAGCCUUUUUAGGGGAAGUGCACUUUUGGGGGGGGAAUUUUGCCUAUUGUUCACUAUUAUUAUGAAAGACGUUGACAACGGUUGGAUUAUUUUUUUAAUGCAUUCUAAAUAUUAAAUACCGUAUUUUUCGGAUUAUAAGUCACAGUUUUUUUCAUAGUUUGGCCGGGGUGCGACUUAAACUCUUGAGCAGGCGUGCCCACACCUUUUUUGCAGACGAGCUACUUUUCAAUUGACCAAGUCGAAGGAAUCUACCUCAUUCAUAUAUAUAUAUAAUUUAUAUUUAAUUAUUUAUGAAAGAGACGUUUUGGUUAACACAUAAAAGGUGUUUAAUGAUAACACAAGCAUGUUUAACACAUAUAGAUUCCUUUCUUUCAUGAAGACAAGAAUAUAAGUUGGUGUAUUACCUGAUUCUGAUGACUUGCAUUGAUUGGAAUCAGACAGUAGUGCUGAUAUAGUCCACAUUUUCGAAUGGAGGGGAAAAAAAGUCCUCCUUUCUGUCCAAUACCACAUGAAAGUGGUUAGUUUUUGGCAUCUUAUUUGUCCAGCUUCCAUACUCGUUUUUAUACAUUUUGCAAGAAAUACAUUGACUGCAAACUCCGUAGCUUGCUAGCUUGUGCACGCUAGCUUUCUGAGACUCUUAUUUUGUUAGCGCAGGCAGGAUGAAUCGGGCUUUUAUUGUGAAGACAGCAACUGUGCAGACUGUCUCUAGGGUUUUGACAGCAGGUACGGCGUGAGAGUCUGUUAAAAUAAAAAGUGUUUAUCGCCCUCCUUUCGGUCAUGUUUUCUUAAUAAUGAUCUCGCAGCAGCCAGCGUCAUCUCAGAAGACCCUCGGGUACCGUUAAUGUCAAUCAAGUUACAAAACUGAUGAUCACAAAUGUUUAGGUUUAUUUUUUUAAUGCUUGGUUUGCGAUCGACUGGCAGACCCUCCACGAUCGACCGGUAGCUCACGAUCGACGUAAUGGGCACCCCUUCUCUGGAGCAACUUAUGUGUGAAAUUAUUAACACAUAACCGUAAAACAUCAAAUAAUAUUAUUUAUCUCAUUCACGUAAGAGACUAGGCGUAUAUCAGCAAUCGUCUCACACACACACACACACACGUCAACAAAUACAAAUUUGGCGGGGGCGGGUCAUGGCAGAAGUGCUUCGUGAAAAAAAAAGAUGCUACCUGCUACUACUUCCGUACCUAUGAAAAUGUAUCAUUUUAACAUUGGCGGUAACUUCUAAAAACAGAGAAGGGAAAGGAAAUCAUAUACAGCAGGUUACAAGCUGGAAGUAGUGAAAUAUGCAGCAGAAAACGGCAAUCGAGCAGCAGAAAGAAAGUUUGGAGGAAGCGAGAAACUAGUAAGGGACUGGCAAAAAGCGGAGGCUACUCUUACUGAAAUGAAGAAGACUAAAAAAGCUUGGUGGCCACAGCUCGAGGAACAAAUUCACAAAUGGGUGCUUGAAAAGUGCCUUUCAAAUGUCUAUUCUUGGUGUUGGAUUUUAUCAAAUAAAUUUCCCCCAAAAAAUCCGACUUAUAUGUUUUUUUCCUUCUUUGUAAUGCAUUUUCGGCCGGUGCGACCUAUACUCCAGCACGACUUAUAUUCCGAAAAAUACGGUGAACAUAAAAGUCCCCUUACAGUGGAGUCAACGGGUAACUCUACUAUCCCGCCCAUAAAAACAUUGAAAAAAGCACCAACAAUACUCAAUUUACAUUUAAUGACUUGAAUAUUAACCAAGUAUUAGUGAUAUUGUUAUUAUAAGCGCUAACGCAGACCAACUAUUUAUAGCUUCUGUGUGUCCGUAUGUUUACAUUGAGUGGUCCACUGUUUCCUCGCUUCCCUGCUCCCUGUAAGUUUAUUCUGGAUCAUAAAUCAUGCCUUUCGCUUUGAAAGUAGCUGAGGAUAUAAUCCAACAAGAUGGUACACUUUAACCGCUAUUUAGGGCCUGGAACUGGCAAGAACGACACAAAAAGCAUUUGUCCCCAGCCCCCAACCCACCCCGUUUCUUUUUUAUAAGACAUCUUUCAUCUUAAUGGGAAUAUAUGAACAUCCUAGCAGUUGAAAUCCUAAUGACAGCAGACCUUGUACAGUAAGAGAUAUUUUUAUUAUGUUUGUUGGCUGUCAUAAAGUCUGCAGUGAACUGGAAUCAGUCAAAGAAAAACAAAGCAAACGUGAUGUGUUUCUAAAUAUUAAAUGUUAUUAUAAAUGUUACUACAUUACAUAUAUACUUACAUGAUGUAUAUAGAACCUUUAUGGAGGUGAUUGGAUGUUUUUAGGGCUUUUAUAGGCAGAAUAGAGCGACUGACAUAGGCUCCAUUGUAAGCAGACUUUUGGUCCCAUUUAUGUAAUAUUUAGAAUGCAUUAAAAAAAAUCCAUCCCUUAAGUGCGUCAUGAUGAUUGUGAACGAUAGGCAAAAUUUAAAAAAAAAAGUGCAGUUCCCUUUUAAGAGAAGUGUUGCACAUCUCGUACAUAUUUGAUGCCUGUUUACGUGUUUAUUAUUGCAGCUUUUCUACUUUACUAUUUUUGCAUAGCUCCCGACUGCAGGGAUUUGGUCCAAAGAUCUUUUAUUUUUUUCAAGCAUCGGUCAUUGUUGGUGUACACUGUCGUCACAACUUUUUGGUAAUACUUUCAAUUUGUUACAGCUAAUGUACAAAAAAACAGUUAUUGUUUUCCUAAACUAUUAUUUUCCAGAGCAGAGUUUCCCCAAUUUUUUUUUACCAAGUACCACCUCAGAAAACCCUUGGCUCUCCAAGUACCACCAUAAUGACCAACAUUAAAAUACAGUGGCCUUGUAGGCCUAAGUAUUCAUUAAAAACAGGGCAGAGCUUUUGUUUAACAAGUAUUUUUUUUUUUGACCACUGGAACAUUACACUCAAUUUGAAGAGUAACACUGUGUUUGAAUAUUUAGUUAAGUGAUUCUUUUGCGUACCACUAGAUGGAGCUGGCGUGCCACGACUUUGAGAAUCACUGUUCUAUGCAGUCUUAAAAUACUCUUCUUGGUGUUUAUCCUUAAUUGCCUUUAAAUCUGGGGGUUAUAAUACAUAAAAAUAGGUGUUAAUUUACUGAAGUACAGUCGUCCCUCCUUAGUUCCAGACAUGAGUAGACUUAGGAAUUAUUUAUUAUAAAUCUAAUAUUUUUAUAGCUAGAGCAUAAAAAACCUGUUUACUACGUUUAUGUUUUUCAAUAUUGUGAACGCCCUCUAGAUUUGGAAUGAGUCCUGGUACCUGGGAAUCGAUUCCAGUUCUUAACAGUACCAAUUUCCAUAUAUAUGUAUAUAUAUAUAUAUAUAUAUAUAUGUGU